CAAGACAUUUACUUCACUCCACAGGCCUUUCAACAUGAUUUUUUUCUUAGGACUCCUUCUCACCUCUUCAUUCAUCCACGCAGUUCACAUGCUGCAGUGUUUUUUGUGUGACUCUUCAUUCUGUGAGAAGCCAUUUUUAACAAACUGUCGCUCAAAUCAGUAUUGUGCCACCCUGAGGACUGAUGGAACUUUUUCAGGUUUUAAUUUUACAGUAGUAGAGAGGUUUUGCCUAUUGAAUGCUGUUUGUGCACUGCUGAAUGCAAAUGGCACAACAUUCAUUGCUUCAGUUGCUGUUGGUCAGACAAGUGUAACUUCAACCCUCUCCUGCUGCAACACUAAUGGAUGUAACAAGAAUAAUUUUGAUGCACCAAACAAAACCCCAAAUGGACUGAAGUGUAAAUCAUGCCACAGCUUUUAUGAUAAACAGUGUGAUUCUGAUAUGGUCUGUGUGGGUAAUCAGGACCGCUGCCUUAAUGACACAGCUUCUUCGUUGCCUUAUGAUUAUGAUUUUGGAAACAACACCUUGAACGGUUGUAUCUCAAGAACUCUUUGUCAGCCUUCAAACUUUGGAAAUGUGACAUGCUAUGAAGGGAGCUUCUACAAAAAUGGUGUCAUUUGGUUGAAUAAUGUCAACUUCAAUCUCCCACUUCUGAGCUUUAUUACCAUUGUUUUGUUGCUGUAGGAUAACUUAAAUACACAAAAUAUCAUAUACAAAUCCUUGGCUCCAUAUAGUUAGAUUUUAACUUGAUAUCCAUUUCAGCUUUUGUGACUUACACUAUGAUUCAAAAGUACGGGAAUCAGUAAGAUU